AUGGCCCUUGAGCUCUCUUACAAGAACACGUUCAUUGACGUGGUCGAGGACUACCAAGACAUGGGCACUUCCAGGACACGUGCCCAAAGCUCCCCGCCGUGCUCUGUGCGGCGCCCAAGCUUCAGCUUGGAGGCCGCAGGCGAAGAGGACGCUAUGCGCAGCUAUGUGGGCACGCUCUCUCAGAAGACCGCGAACCUGGCCGAAAACCUCAAGCAAGAUGAGACGCCCAGAACCGCGUGCAACUCCAGCCAAUUGAGUCCCAGUCCCAUGAGCUCCGAGGGAGAUCAGGAUAGUCCUUUCGGUCAGAUCCCUGACCAGUCGCCUCUGGCGGAGUUCUUCCCGCUGCUGCCCAGCCAGGGCAGCUUGGGGCACCCCGAACUGUGCCGGCGGCCAUGCAUCUACUUCAUCGCCGGGCAUUGCGAGAAUGGCAACGCGUGUGCUUACUGCCACAUGGAGCACAUUGAGAAGACGCCAAAGCUCGACAAGAGGCAGCGCACCAUCAUGCAAGGCCUAAGCCGGCCUCAGUUGCUUGGACUGGUCAUGCACUUCUGCCGUGGCAAGGCUGAGCAGGCGGGCUUCCUCAACGAGGCCGACGAGAUCCUAGGCUUGUUGGCGCAGGAGUCUACAGGUGCACGGCCAUUGUCCCAGUAUGUCUCUGAGCGUGACCUUCGCAACCUCCACAAGACGCUGGCCCGGAUGAACUUCUCUAACUUGAUCGGCCUGGUGUCGCACCAGUCGGCUAACCGGGCAGGGGACGGGACACCAGGUUCCGACCACUUCUCAGCGUCCUUGGACCGACUCAGGGCAUGCUUCCUGCCAGAGGCGUGCGCUUGA